AUUUACGUCGUGCGGCACGAAUAGGUUUGGUAGUGGUAAUAACGUCGGUUCUGGGAUGUUUGCCGCCUGGGAUAUUUUUAUAGGAUGUUCAGCUGACUGGAUACGACCCUGCUAUUGGUGACUGGGUAUGGCCUCAAGUGGACGAAAUUGCCAAAUCGAUUUCCCAGUCCUUUUCGAUGAUUCACUCUUAAGGAUUUUUUCUGCAUUUCGGGAUCAGAAUUCUGUGUACGCUCGCCAUACUUUUGUGUUAACGAAAGAUUCACACUGUGGAUUCGAAAAUCUUAUUGUCAUGUGUAGCCAAAUCUUCCGUUACACGUAAAGGUGAGCAUUCCUCGGCAUCUAUUUAGCUACUUACUCCUUUUCGGCUGUUGAUAUCCCUGUACGCUGUACGUUGGUGCUGACCUGAGAGAACCAAUGUUAACCAAUGGCGGAAAUUUAAUCGUUUUAAUUGGCUCAGGAGUAUUGCCUUAAGUUUUGCCCUCAAUGUGCUCUUGAGUAAUUGCCGUCGCCACUUGAACACCGCUAGUUGGCACAGCUGGACGCCUUCUGCUGUAUUGGACAUUUACAUUCUCCGAGGGCGGACGAGAGAGGGGCAGAUUUCACCGCUGUCCGCGGGGUAUAUCGUUGACCCCAUCCGUGCACUCUUGGCUUGCUAUAAUCCGAUAUGUUUCGUAUCCCGUCAUAUGUGGGACACCGUCGCCAACUUGAGCACCUUACUAGGAACUCAGCACUCGUGAUCAGAAUACUUCCUCGAGAUCCGACAGCCAUUGCAUCCAGUCUCGUUUUCCUCCGCUAGUCGACUUGUUCAGCUUGCCUCGGAGGCUUUGUAUCCGCGGCACAGAAACCCAAUCGUUAAAUCUGGGGGAAACGUGUUAUGACAUGAGGCGAAACAAAAUACGAAAUCGUGGUAAUUUAUGAAUUUCUUCCGAGCCGCCCAUCAGCCAUGAUUGUGAAUUUUGUUGAAGAGCAAGGAAGUCACUACCAUUAUUACAAAGCAUGUUCUAUUCACAGCUUAGGUUGAUUAUCUACCCUAGGACAAAGAGUACAGAAAUUGUGAUU